AUGCGCCUCUUCCUCCUGCCCAUAUCCACGCGGCGCUCGCUCAUCUACUGCGAGAAGCUGCACGAGAAAGCCGCCAGCGAGCGCGGCGUGCUCGACAAGAUCACAAACAAGGCGAGCGAGACAUGGCUAGCAUGGGAAAAGGACGCAAAAGCGCCGUUGAACUGGAAAAAACGCGUUACCCAGGCCGGCAAUCAGGCCCUCAACCGGAUUCCCUUCGAGGAAUGGGGGCUCAAGACGAUACCCGCCCUGACCACCAAGCGGAAGCUGGCGAUAGUUGAGGGGCGGGAGAAGUACCAGGUCAUAUAUCCAGGGCUGUUUCUACAGCAGGAGAGGGUGCCCGAGAUACUCCAGAAGCUGGCAAAAGAAAAGCAGACCAUGUACAAGAGCAAAAUGAUAUGGAGCAUCGUCGCGAUGCCAUUUACCGCGCCCUUUGCGCUGAUUCCUAUAAUCCCUAAUCUGCCCUUCUUCUACCUCGUCUACCGCGCCUACUCGUACUGGAAAGCCCUGACCGGCUCUCAGCACCUUGAGUUCCUUCUAAAACACAACCUACCCACGCCCAAUCCCUCUUCAGAGCUCGACGAAGUCUACACCGCAGGCCUCAUGUACCCUACCCGCCAGGUCUCGCGCGCCGCACCACGACCGUCGAGAGAGCAGGCAGAGGAGGUAGCGCGAGUCGUGGAGUCGCAAACAAACGGCGGAACCGAAGACGUGAUGGUGCUGCAGCGCUGGAACGGAAAGCUCAUCGCCGAGCAAUUCCACCUGCCAGACAUGGAGGUCGAGAUCGAGCGCGCAGUAGAGCAGGUGGAGCAGUCUAUCAAGGCGAAAGACGAGCUCAUAGAAGAGAAGCUCGAGCUUGAGAAAGCAACAGCAACAGGAGGGCAGACAGCUAAGGAUGUGCUGCCCAAGGCCGUAAUACAACCCCUGGAAGAAGCCGAAAAGCGGAUCCAUGAAGAGGCUGAGAAGGUCGCAAAGGAGAUGCCAUCCAAAGACGAGAAGUCUUAA